AUGGGGGAGCUCCGGCUAGGAAUAUCGGUGGCGCUGUGCUCUCUACUGUGCGCCGUUGUUAUUAUUCUCGAAGAAUGCGGAUGCAGCGUGAUAAUGAAGCAACUUAGCCACCGGGUGAUCACGACCAGGUACGGAAAGGUCCGAGGCAUUCUCGUCGAGUUUCCCAACAGGCACCUGCGCCCAGUGGAGGCGUACUUGGGCCUCAGGUACGCGGACCUGGACAACGGUGGCAUGAGGUUUAUGCCGCCCAAGAACCCCAUGGAGAAGUGGAGCGGGAUUCGCGUGAUGAUCAAGAAUCCCACGGUGUGUCCACAGAAGAUGAAACACGAGAAGGAUUUAAGUCAGUUCUUGCCCAAUGGGAGGGUGACGCAUCUCAGGAAUAUUACCCCUUUUUUGAAAGACCAGGACGAGGAUUGUUUGACGCUGAACCUGUAUGUUCCAAUAAAGGAAGGUCGAGGUCCGUUUUUCCACAGAGCCAUCAUCCAGAGCGGUUCCGCCUUGAGCACAUGGGCCGUGUCCUACGAUCCGGUCUGGUGCACCCAGAAGCUCGCAAUUAAUACGAACUGCUCCUCGCAUAUCGCAAACUCGCAAGCGCUCAUCCGGUGUCUUCGUCAGAGAACGUACACCGAACUCAUUAACGUUCCAAAAGCUCCUAAAUACUAUUCCUGUUUCGCACCCUCUGUAGACAGCUGGACGGUGCUCCCGAAAAAGCCGGAAACAAUAAUCAAAGAAAAGAAGAGCAAAUUCGCUUCCGCCAAAGUGAUGUUCGGAAUUACCAAAAACGAAGCCUAUUCCUACUUGAAACAGCAAGAGAUCCAGAAAGGGAUUUCAGAAUUUAGAAAAACUCAGAUUAUAAGGACGUACGUGCAAAAUGUGUUUCGCUACCACAGACAGAAGAUAUUCGAAAUUCUGGAUCACCAUUAUACUGACUGGAACAGGAUUUCAGAUAAGAUAUCGAAGAGAAAUAAUAUUUUGGAACUUCUCAGUGACGGCCAGUACGUGGGGCCGCUGGUGAAGGGUGCUCAAUACCACGCCGAGACGGCGCCCACGUACCUGUACGCGUUCACAUACUCUACACAGUCUGAGGACACGCAGGAUGUGCAUGGUAUCCACGGAGACGAACUUCCCUACGUGUUUGGUGCUCCUCUAGUGGGCGGGUUAUCGCCCUUUCCUUCCGUGUAUACGAGUGCUGAAAAGAUGCUCAGCGAAGCGGUGAUGACGUAUUGGACAAACUUUGCGAAGACUGGGAAUCCUAACGAACCGCGCAACCAGACGUCAAUCCACGGCGGCAAGGUGACCAACCGGUUUGUGAAUAUCCACUGGCCGCAAUACGACCUCAAGAAACAGAACUAUCUGCAAAUAGCAAGAAGACCGACAAUCCGGCACCACUACCGCGGCCAGAAACUGGCGCUGUGGCUCGACCUGAUUCCAAAGAUCGACCAGAAGGACGACUCGGACCCCUCCCAGCAUCUCCUCAUCAACGCCAACAACAUGUCGACGUUCGACGACUACCACCGCCUCGUCCCCGCCUACGACAACGUCUUUCCAUCGCCGCCUCCGAUCCCGCCUAUAUCGCCCACGUGGGGGGUCCCUAACGACGGCGCGUGGUCCACAAAGGGCUAUUACUCCGACUUCACGCUAGAGAACGAAUCGGACAACCCGUUGCAGUUCGGCCGAUCUUCCAUUGGUGCCCGGGAAUCGACGACGGUCUCGGGUGAUUCUGAGAACCUACAGCUGGGUGACCCGAGCGACGGGGUCACGGUGGAUCUGGCUCCGGCUUCGGGGAAUACGGGUGAUUCGCACAGUUCCGUCCCGCUCAGUAUAACCGUCGCUGUCGGUUGCUCGUUGCUGUUCCUAAACAUUCUCAUAUUCGCCGGGGUCUACUACCAGCGGCAGCGUAUCAAGAAGAUGAAGGAGAGGGCAGAGGUACCGCCGCCGCUCGACAUCGAAGACGCAAAGAUACGAGAGAAACCGGAAACGGAAAUAGCACUUAACAGCACGUCACCGGAAGCGUUCAACCUGAUGCCACAUAACGCUAGUUCGUCGCCUGCUACUGCCAAAAACGGACAAGCCAGUCCACAGAAUCACACGAAACCGUCAUCUGUGCAAAAUAAGACCUCUUCUCCGCUAAGCUCAAAUUAUACAUACACUGCUGUUCCAACCAAUGCUUCCCCUAUGCAUCGCACGCAGUUACACAGUGUAGGACAGCCUACAGCGUUGAACACUUUUGGCAAGGUCAAACCGCCGGACUAUUCCGAUUUAAGACACGAACGCGACGGAACUGCUUACAAAGUGAUUAACAAGGGUUCGGGGAAGGACGGUAGUGCUAAUAAUGCUAUAACUAUUGUAUAG